AUGGAAACGCAAGAUUUUCGCUUCUCGAGUCAAAUCUCUCAUUUGGCUCUCGACAUCGGAGGGACUCUGAUAAAGCUUGUUUAUUUCUCUUCAAAUGGAGAUCAUUGCGAAGAGUCUCGCGACGGAACAAGCAUCGUCGUUCGUAAUAAUGGUGGCUCCGUUUUGCAAGGGAAGCUUUGUUUCGCCAAGUUUGAGACCAGAAAGAUUGAUGAUUGUUUAGAGUUUAUUCGAUUCAAUAUUCUUCAUCAUUCCGGUGAUCAGCAUCAGAAUGGGACAGCCUGUGAUAAACUUACUGUUAAGGCCACAGGUGGUGGGGCGUUUAAGUUUGCUGAUCUCUUUAAGGAGAAACUUGGGAUUGUUUUCGAUAAAGAAGACGAGAUGCAUUGUCUUGUUGGUGGUGCAAAUUUUCUCUUAAAGACAGUCCCAAGGGAAGCUUUCACCUACUUAGAUGGCCAGAAGGAGUUCGUUGAAAUCGACCAUAAUGAUUUGUAUCCAUACCUCCUUGUUAACAUCGGCUCUGGUGUUAGCAUGAUCAAGGUUGAUGGAGAUGGGGAAUACGAGCGAAUAAGUGGAACAAGCCUUGGUGGUGGCACAUUCUUAGGUCUUGGAAAGCUUUUAACAAAAUGCAAGAGUUUCGAUGAGCUUCUUGAGUUAAGUCACCAUGGAAACAACAGAGUCAUUGACAUGCUUGUGGGAGAUAUCUACGGUGGAACAGACUAUUCAAAGAUUGGUCUCUCCUCUACUGCGAUCGCUUCCAGCUUCGGGAAAGCGAUUUCUGAUGGCAAAGAGCUCGAAGAUUACCAGCCAGAAGACGUUGCAAGAUCGCUUCUAAGAAUGAUAUCAAACAACAUCGGUCAGAUUGCUUACUUGAAUGCUCUCAGAUUCGACCUUAAGCGUAUCUUCUUUGGUGGAUUUUUCAUCCGUGGUCUCGAGUACACCAUGGACACAAUCUCUGUAGCUGUCCACUUCUGGUCAAGAGGUGAAGCUAAAGCAAUGUUCUUGACACACGAAGGGUUUCUUGGAGCUUUAGGAGCAUUCGCUAGCUACAACAAAACACAGAGCCAUGACACCAACGACUUGAAACCGCAUCAUCAUCAUCACCAUACUGUGCAGCAAAGAGAAGAAACUUUUAACUGUUCAGGUGAAAUCUCCGUUCUCACAUCCUUCGACUCGAUUGUUCCCGAUCAGCUCGUUUUUCAAAUUGGGAACAAAAUGGUUUAUCACUCGAGCUUUGUGGAAGAAGAAGGCAUAACAAAGGCAUGUGGUUGUCCUUUACUUCCUCUCAAGAGCCAUAUAAAGGGUCCUGCACCUGUGUCAGAACAAGAUAGAACGGAUAUUGUGGACGAAGCAAUCACCUUCUUCCGCGCGAACGUCUUCUUCACCAACUUCGAUAUCAAAAGUCCUGCUGAUAAGCUCCUCAUCUACUUGACGUUCUACAUAAACGUGGCGUUGAAGCGGCUCGAAGGCUGUAGAACGUUGGCCGUAGGAACGAAAGCGAUUAUCAACUUGGGUUUGGAAGACAUCCCUGUCCCUGGAGAAGCUGAGUUUCCUUUUCCCGGUCUCUUUCCUCUUCCUCAGUCCAAUGAAGAAGCAGAUCUUUUCAGGAACUAUCUGAAGCAGGUUCGUGAGGAGACGAGUGGGAGGCUACUUAGUGUAGCGUAUAGAGCCAAUGGGACACCAAACAAAUGGUGGCUUGCUUUUGCCAAGAGGAAAUUCAUGAACGUUGUUGUCCUCUAA